ACAGCAUCAGUCUUCCAACAGCAGUAGUCGAAGUUGUAGCGAAGUUUUGGAGCACCCAGAGUUCCAGAAGUCCUACCAGUCGCUACCCAAAGUCAAACCCAACGAGUUGAAAGCAACCCAAGCACAGCAAGAUGCGGCUAUUUCUGAUCGGCUUGCUGGCCCUGGGUUCCGCGAGGGCCUUCUCUGUGAUCCGCACCCAGCCGCAUCCGCAGCUGGUGGCCUACGCUCCGGCCAGAGGCGAGUUCCCAGUGGUGAGUGGCCUAGCCCAGGGCUACGUCCGCUACUACGAUGGCACCGGAGCAGAGCGACUGCUGCCUUACAACUACCCGGAACCGCUGAACGGCAUCCGGGAUCUGUCCACCUCUAGUCUAGUCCGCUCCGGUGAGGAGCAAGAGAGCCAACAGAUCGCUCUGUUCCGUGCCUGGUGCGAGCAGCGCUACCAGGCCAUGCGCGUAGAACUGGAUCGCCUGAAGGCCCAGGGCCUGAAACCCACACCCAGCAUGCUGGCUCAGUUCGAGCCUCUGGAGCAGAUCGUCAAGUUUUCCGCCUUCGAAGCCGUUCCCGGACUGACCCCGGAGGUCCAGCGCGCCCGGGAUGAGCAGCUACGCAUCUGGAACGAGGCCAGGCUGGAGGUGCUGCGCGCCGAACAGGCUCAGCAGCUGCUCGGCCAGUCCCCGGAGUACCAGUACGAGAAGGAAAAGAUCCCUGUCAUGUACGCCCAGCCUAUGCAGCAGCAGAUUGUUCCAUACCAGGAGAACAUAUUGAUCAAAACCACCACUCAAGAUGCGCCUCAACCCAUUGAGGAGACACCGGAAGUGAAAUUGGCCCGCCAGGAACAUCUGAAGCAGUUCAACGAGGCCCUCCUCCGGCAGCCUGCCCAGGAAGCCAUCAUCCUUAAAGCCGUUCCUGGAAUUAAGCAGCCAAUCGCGAGCCAGCCUCAGCCGAUCAUCAAGAGCACCACAACCAUCUUUGAGACCCAGCCAGCUGCCCAACCCCAGGGAAUAUUCCAGAGGGGCAGCUUCACAGAUCAGCAGACCCCACAGCCCAUCGACGAAACUCCAGAAGUGAAAAAAGCUCGCGAGGAGCACCUCAAGCUGUUCAAUGAGGCCUUGCUCCGUCAAACUACUGCCCCCGCAGAACCCACUCUUAAGGCGACGACCACUAAGAACGAUCAGCCCCAAGCAUUCACCUUCCCAGAAAAAAAAGCUCCUCAACCUAUCCAGGAAACUCCAGAGGUCGUGCGCGCUCGGGAGGAGCAUCUGAAGCAGUUCAACGAGGCCAUCCUGCGGCAGCCAGUCGACAUCCAACAACAGCCCCUGAUUGCAACCGCACCGUUUGCUCCUCAACCCAUUUUUAAGAGCCCCAUUGCCGAGGUACCACAGCCCGUCCAGGACACUCCGGAAGUCAAGCUGGCACGUGAGCAGCACCUGCUGCUACUCAACCAAGCGAAAGUACAGGCCGAGGACAAGGUGGCCGACAUUGCCGACAUGAUCCGAUUGGAGGAGCGCGAGCAGGAGAAGGAGCGUCUGCAGGAGCUGGAACUGCGCAAGCAGGAGGAGAAGGAAGCCGAAAUGGAACGCCAGAAGGAGGCAGAUCGUCGGCUCGAGGAAACCCGCAUUCUGGAGGCCGAGCGUCUAAAGAUCGAGCAAGAAGAUCGCCAGCGGUUGGAGAGUGAAAAGCAGGAGCUCCUCCAGUUGAAGGCCACCUCCGCAGCCACCGUACCCGAGAAGGACACUCCUGAAUAUCUGCGCAAGGCGGAGCAGUUCAAGAUCAUCAACAACCAGGUGCAGCCCCAGCAGCAGCCCAACAUCGUGACCCAGCAGCAGCAAGUGCAAAAUGGCUUCUUCCUGCGCAUCCAAACCAACCAGCCCAACGCCAUCCAGCCAUCCACGGUCCCAGUGAGCACUCCUGCCCUAGUUCUAGCCGAGCCGGGCUCCAAUCCCUUCCUGGUUCGAUACACCACCAAGUCAGCAGCGCGGCCGCUUCCUCUGCAGACGCUUCAGCCCCUGCCCACUCCCAUUGCCUCCGAAUUGAAGCAGCAGGUCACAUACAGCUCCACGUCGUCCAGUGAACUGGACAAAGCCACCCGGGAGCACUUCCGCGCCCACGAGAUCGCCCUGGAGCAGCUGCGUCUGGCCAACCUGCGGAAUCCCUGGACCCCCGACUGCCAGCACUAGGAAGCUGGAAGGCCCUCCUCCGUCCGAAAACCCCCGUAUCCGAGCACGAAUUCGAAUCACUUGCAUUGCCCUAGGUUAGAUCACAUGCCCACAUCUCCUCAAACACAACACGUAAAUCCAUAACACCCCUCAUAGGUACUCAUACUCAUACUCGUACACCUGUAUACAUAGCUUGGCUAUUCACGCCGUCUCCCGAUUCAAAAUGCAUUCAGUUGAGAAACAACGC